GGCCUUGGAGGGCGAACGCGCGCGCGAAGCCUUGGCUGAGGCAGGGGGAAGUCCUCAAAGCACCUUCCGUAGCGCGUGUGCGCGCGAGGCCUGUAGUUGCCAGGGAGACGCCCGCCCGGUGUGUCUCCGCUCGGUUGCCGUAGCGCGCGCUUGUGAGAGGAAGAGAAAGAGAAAGAGAGACAGGCAGGCCUCGGGUUGCCAUGGAGGCGGUAGAGGGGAGCGAUGGCGUGCUGAGGGGAGAGUAAGAGUUGGCCUUCCUGCUGCGGCCCGGCCUGAGCGGCUGCUGCCCACCGCCCCCUCUCCAGGCAUGGACGACGAGCUGUACCUGGAGAACAUCGACGAGUUCGUCACGGACCAGAACCGAGUCGUAACAUACAAAUGGCUGAGCUAUACACUAGGUGUUCAUGUCAACCAAGCUAAGCAGAUGCUAUAUGACUAUGUGGAAAGAAAGCGGAAGGAGAAUUCAGGAGCCCAGUUGCAUGUCACUUAUUUAGUGGCAGGAAACCUCAUUCAGAAUGGACACACGUGCCACAAGGUUGCUGUAGUGAAAGAAGAAAAGCUGGAAGCAAUGAAGUCGCAGCUGUCCACAGUUGCCGGUGUGCAUGUCUACAGCAUCCAGAAAGCCAUGCUGAAGGACAGCAGUCCGCUCUAUAACACCGACUAUGAUAUUAUCAAAGCAAACCUACAGAACUGCAGCAGGUUUAGUGCGAUUCACUGUGCUGCUGCAGUUGCCAGGACAGCGGCUGAAAUGGCUCAGAUCAAAACCCCAGCACAGGCAGAUUCCCAGCCACCACAUGGUGCAAAUGCAGUUGCUCCAGUGGUCAAUGGCCAUGCCCCAAGCACUUCUGCAAAGCAGAUAUCCCAGCAGGCCAAGGGCAUUAUGGGGAUGUUUGCUGCCGCCGCCGCCAAAUCUGCUACCAAAUCCCAGGACGUGCCCAAAGAAACCAACCUGGAAGCUAAAGAGCCGCCAAGUACCUCGACAGCAAGCGGCAAGGCACCUGCUAAAGGAAAUCUGCUGAACAACUUCUUUGGAAAAGCUGCUAUGAGCAAAGUCAGUGCUGAACCUGAACAGCGAAAGGAAGAUAAAGCGGCAGACAAGUCCCCGCUGGAACCCAAAUUGCCGCCAGAUGUGCCAGGACUUGAGAAACCUGCCAAGAAAGCUGAUCCUGCAAAAGGACAGCAGAAGGACAAAAAAAGAACAAAGAGGCUAGAUGAGGAGGAGGAAGCUGAAAGCCUGACGAAAAAGAGGCGUCGAAUCAAACUGCUUCAGUCCAGCAGCAGCGAUGACGAGGAUGUCCCAGAAUCACCUGUAACUCCUGAAGUGAAAGAUGUUUCAUCUGAGCCAGACCUGAACCCAGAGUUGGACCCCAUGCCUAUACAUGCCCAUGCUUCAGCAGGAGAGAAGAGGCGGAAGCGGAAGCGAGUGCUGAAGUGCAAAACGUUUGUUGAUGAGGAAGGCUGUAUAGUGACUGAGAAGGCAUACGAGAGCGAAUCCUGUACAGACAGCGAAGAGGAGUUCCGCUCCAAGCCCCCUGCGACUCACAGGCGUCCUGCUGGGGCUGCCAAGAAGGACCCCAAAGAGGAGAAGAAGGCCGCCAAGAGAGGGGGAGCUGCAGCCAGCAAGGCCAACAAGCAGGCGUCCAUCAUGGGCUUCUUCCAGAAGAAAUGAGCCUCAGCCGCCACCCAGUCGGCAGAUGCCGCUUCAGAGCAAGCCCCCUCCCUUCUUGAGGCACCGUACUUGCCAUGGAAGCGGGCUCUCUCUGGAAUCGGAAAACAAGCCCCAUUCGCCCUUGUGGGAGCCUUUUUUUGCCAAACUGUGUAGAAAGCAGCCGCUGGAGGCAACAGAGUCGCUAUUUGAGGAUCACUUGACUUGCUGUGCGAUGGCCUUUGGAAUACAUGGCAAGGCUGACGGUUCCUUUUUGCUGCUGUUGUGCUUUGAGGCAAGCCCUGCGAGUGGACUGGCUUCUCCCACUGCCUCUGGUCAAUCCAAUGGAACCCGACCGAGUUUCCCCACCAGCUCCCUGUCCCACCCAUCCUGCCUUGAGGCCUUUCCUCUUCACAGGUGUGGAUUUGGAGUACCUGACAGAGGUUUUAAGGCUGCUCUGAGCUCAAGCAGCUAUCGGGAAGGAGACUGGUCUUCAGUCCUGUUUAGCGUUACUUUUCCUUUGGUUAAAAUGUUGUGGGCCGGCGUGCUGUUGCCUGCUUUUCCAGCUGCUCGGAAGGGCAACUAUAUGGUAUUUUUUCCUCAGCAAAGAAGUGUGAACAGCAUGGACACAACAUGAGCGUUACAAGCCUCAUUGGUUGUUGGCAGAGGCUGCCUCUGCUAUGAUAAAUACUUGAACCGGUAGCAAUAGAUUUCUGCUUAAUUUCAGAACGAGCCUGGACUGUCCUCUUGACUCCUCCAUGUCUGUGGAGAGACUUCUGUGGUGUUUGCAUGGGGCUUUUGCCCAGAUCUACUUUUGACACGUACCCAUCCCAGAAAGGCAGCUUUUCUUUUACAGCCCAUCCAAAGGCAGCCUGUAGCUGCUUGCUUGCAUGGGGUCGAUAUUAGCCCCACCACAAACACGGGGCGCUGCAGUCCCAGACUGGUUGGCUUCCUUAAUCCCCUACCAAACGUGCUUUUUACUUCCUUAAGAAGAGAAACCAAAUGAUGAGCACCCCCGCUUGGGUGGAUCCAACUCUAAAAAAGCUGAGUUUGAAUGGGCCCCAGCAUCUCCACCUGUAAGCGCCUUAGUGGAACUUGUCCCUGACUGUCCUGCUCUCCUGUUUUGUGUCUUCAGCUCAUUGUGGUGGAGGAAUAACAGGCAGCCUCUACUGGAUCAUUUCUCCCCCCGCUUUCUCUGCUCGCUUCCAGUCUCUCUCUCUCCUCUGGGAGAAAUGGUCAAGGUCACUUAGGAGGGCAACAGCAUUGCUUAGCUCUUUCCUCAGAAGCAGGAUAGCUCAUUCUGGAGAAGACGCAGGGAUGGAGGCUGGAUGUUUGCUGCUAUCUGGGCAAAUCCGUUCGGUGGCGAGUUGAGAGCGAGCGAGCGAGCAAGAACUCGAUUCUGCCACCGCCCAUGGCAGGUUUAGGAGCUGGUGGCCCCCUGCAGUCAUGCCUAAACCAUAACCAAAAUACAGCUUCAAACUGAGCUAUUCUGAAGCUGCUGGUGAGACAGGAGAGACAGAGGGGCCCAUUCAAAUCAUAUGCUACAGAAAUCAUUUUUAUUCUGAAGCUCAGCACUGGUGUUUAAACCACCCCAAGCCCCCAUCCCCAACUCUCCUUUUUUCUAAAAAAAAGAGCUGAAAUCCAUUGGCUGAGCUAUCAGAAUCCAUCUACACCCUUUCCAUAUGUAAGAGACAGUAUUUGAGCAAGUGCAGCCAGGCCUUGUAACCCUAGGUACCCUCUAGCCACAGAAAGAGGGGUUUGGCAUCAUUCCCCACAAUAGCCUUCCUCACCCUCAUGACCUCUAGAUGUUUUGGAGCAUAACUCCCAACACCCUUUGCCAGAACAGCCAUGCUGGCUGGGCUGGGGGGAAGUUGUUCAAAACAUCUGGAGGGCACUAGGCUAGAGACAGCUACUCUACGGAGGUCAGUGCUAGGCCUCCUGUCCUUGGGACAGUGUUGGUGGUUUUUUCAAAUAUGAAGUAGGAGGCCUCAACUGGAAGGGGCUGGGAAACUGUAGUUUGGCUUUUGCCUGUUUUUAAAAAAAACUUUCUCAAAAAACCACACUUAAAUUCCCUCCCCUUUGUAUGCUCGGAUGUUUAUUCUAGGACAAAACGAAAUGUUAAAUAAAGAUAGUCUUCUGUUAAAUCUUUUUUUUAAAAAAAAAAUCUUACUGAAGAGAUGUUUUGUUUUUGAACUUGUGAUGCUACUGGUUGGUUUUCAUUGGGCUUUGACGAUUUUCCAUGCAACUAAAUACUAUAUAUAAAAAAUUGAAAACCAAGCUGGAAUUCUUCACCUGUCACUGACCAGCCACGGUUUUCAGAAGAGGCUUUUGAGCUACCCAGCCUGUCGCCUUUUGCAUCAGUUUGGGUGGAAGAAGCAGCAAAAUGGCAGCAGCGCUCAUGGUCUAGCUCAGCAUUCACCAACAUGGUGCCCUUCAGCUGUGCUGGCUGGGGCUGUUGGGAGCUGUGGUCCAAAACGUCUGUAGGGUGCCAUGUUGGUGAAGGCUGCUCCAACACUUAGUCACUCUCUGUGACAGCGUUGCAUCCCCUUUUCAUUGUCUUUACUGGUAGAAAGGUGGAGUCAGAAUCAACCACUUGGUUAAAUAAACUCAAUUUGGAUGGAUUGCAAAAUAUGAAA